AGAGAUGAUUGUGCCGUUAAAGACAUGAAGUCUUCAUUCUCUACUUAUCGAAAAGCAAUCUUAAAGUACUGUAAAGAAUUAUAUCGAAAAAGACCAUUCAUCAAGAAUACUUUAAGGUGCCUAGAAAAAGCAGUAUCAGAAGGAAUAGAGGACUCCUCCGACUUUGAAACAACAAGUUCAGUGAUGCUGUUAGUCCAUUUGCUAACCAAGAAAACGUCUGAAAACAGCCUGAUGGAAAUGCUGUCGGAAGAUGAUGAUUUGCCUAACAAAAUAACCCGCACCACCUAUCCACGGGUUUUGGUUAUUGGUAAAAACAUACUGAAGCCUGACAGGCUACUAUUGUGCGUCGAAGGACGACAAUUCGUUGACGUAACUUCAUUUUCUUUAGACACAGUCCUUUUUACGCUCUAUGCAACAUACUAUGUAUUUUCUAUAGCUUAUCCACAAGAUCAUAAGGAUGUAUUUCUUUUUAUUGAUUCCGUUUUUGUUGGGUUGCAGCACACUGCUAUCAAUAGAAUUAGCUCGCAAAAAUUUAUUAAAGCUCUUGCCAGUUUAAAGUAAGCAUUAAGUGGACAUUUAAAACAUUACACUGGACAUUUAGACAAUUUUUUCCGUUACGGUGUACGCAUGUUUUAUGUUGGAGUAGCUAGCUCAAUUAUUGAGGGGAGUACUCAAGGGCGGCGGAGUAUUGAAAAUUGGGGGGCGCUAUUAUUAAUUUGUGCCCGUUCUACUUUACAUUGAAAUUAAUUAGUUUUAGGAAUUAUAACAUUUGAAUAUAUGAAUCACCCCCCCAGAUAUCAAU